GCUACAGGGCGCGCCUAGCGUUCUUCUCAGCGGCGUUUUAUUUAUUUCCUUUAUGUCACAUUUAAAAGUUAAUGGCUAUCAUGGAGCGUAUGUGUUUUUGUUGUUCUUUGUAUUUUCUUGGCAUAAUGUGCAUCGUCAAAGCUUACAAUCAUGGGACCGGGGGUAACCCAUAUAGCAACGUCGUAUCCACGGAGCAGAAAGUCCUUGCCAUGCAACCCAUGUCAGGCGCUGUCAGGCCGUGGACAGAAAACAGUGAGUUUAUGAAGAAUCCCCCGGUUAUGCGACCGUAUCACGUUUUCCCAAUGUUCCAACAUGUUCCAGUUCCUCUCGUUGACAUGGAUCUGUUCAGGCCUGUCUCCGGGAGACGACACUUACCAAACCUUUUGACUAGUCUUCUAAUUCCUCAAGUGAACCCUCAGUUUGCCCAAGUGUCUCCCGUGCGUAAUGCUCGUGGCGUAGAGGUUUGGUGUGGUUACAGUAAGAUCUCGGUGCGCAUGAAUGAGAAUCUACUGGGCUUCAGAAGUUCACCGUCUUUGUUUCACCUGGGAACAUGUCCUGUCUCACGCUCUGACAGGAACUUCUUAUAUUUCCAUUACGACCUCAAUGACUGCGAUAGCUCUUUAACGAUGAUGAACGGCCAGAUCAUGUAUUCUAACACAGUGCGCUACACACCAGAGCCUCAAGGGACAGUCAUUCGAGCGGUGCCCCUCACGCUAAACAUCCAGUGCCUAUACAAUAGAUUUCAUUAUUCCUACAAAAUAGGCUUCCUGCCUGUGCCGAGGGAGCACAUGUUUCACAAGAUUUUUGAGCGCAGAGCCAAGUUUAGUAUUUCUGUGUGUAAUGAACGCUGGGAAAGACUUGAAGAAAAUGUGAGUUUUGUGCUUGGGGAGCCCAUGUAUUUUGAAGUCAGUGCUGCUCAUAUGUCCAAAGACGAAAGGAUUUUUGUUGACUCCUGCUAUGCAACAGCAUCCAAAGACCCAAAGUCCAUUCCACAACACAAUGUUAUUUGUAAUUAUGGGUGUAUGGAGGACAGCAGAAGACAAGAAAGUCUCUCCCGCUUUCUCCAAAGACAGUCAAAUAUUAUAAGGUUUUCAGUUGAUGCCUUUUUACUCCCCCAAGUUACUGGCACGCACUUUUACCUGCAUUGCACAAUAUCGGUUCACGAUGUCACAAGCGCAUCAGCAAAAUCCUGCACCUAUAACAAUGCAGAGAGAAGGUGGGACGAACUCUACACUGAUGCGUCCGUUUGUGCAUGUUGUGAUUCAAUUUGUGAAAUUGAAGCAACUUCUGCUUUGCCCCGUACGACACAAUCUCUGAUAACUAGUCUACCCUGGAUUAUGGACAAGAACGAACAAUCGUUAAUCAAAGGAAAAGGAUUGUUCGGUGUUCAGAAGGACACAGAGGAGGUGAAGUUCAAGAGCGCAGAAGGAAUCGGUGAAGAGGAAGAUGAUCAUUACACAGUGGAGACUGUGUCUGAUACUGAAAAACAAAUGAAAGCAAAAGAGAAUAAAAAUAUGCCCAUGAAAGAUUUAGAUGAGGAUGUAGAAGUAAUUGUUGGGACAGAGGAAACAACUGCUAUAGAGUUAAAGGAUGAGGGUGAUCUUUCUGGAAAAGUGAUGUCUCUUGAGGAACAGAUGGAUGGUGUUGUAGAGCUCGAGGAGGAUGCUGGGAGACUCAACAGCGCAGAAGGAAUCAGUAAAGAGAAAGAAGAUGGUUAUACUGUGGAGACUGUGACUGAUACUGAAAAACAAAUUGAAGCAAAAGAAGAAAAUAAAAAUAUGCCCAUGAAAAGCUUCGAUGAAAUUGUAAAAGUAAUUGUUGGGACAGAGGAAACCACUGCUAUAAAGGGUGAGGAGCGCGAUCGUUCUGGAAAAGUGAUGUCUGUUGGGGAACAGAUGGUUCGUGUUUUAGAGCUCGAGGAGGAUGCUGGGAGACUCAAGAGCACCGAACUUUUGGAAGAUGUUAAUGAUGACAAAGGGUCCAGCAAGAGUGGACUAAAUGAACUGAUUGACAUUACCGGAGAAGAACUGUCCAAAUAUAAAAUAAAGCCUGAAGUUUUUGAGAAGAGCAUGCAGGUACGAACCACAGUACCCUCACACAUGGCGAUGGAUGAAGAGGUAUUUUUAGAUGCCAAACAAGAACCAAUCGAGUGGAAUAAAGAUGAACAUUAACCUACCCAGUGAGCGAGAAAUGGGGGACUGACGUUUGAUAUCGUUCCAGGGUCUCAAAGGAUCCUCGAUGGACCUUUUUUGGAGUUGCAUCUGUGGGGCAAAAGAUCUCGGCAUACUUUCUUAAAGUCAGUGUUUUGGUCAUGGAUUCAACUGAAUUCAGGAAUGUGCAUAAUAUGACAUCCAGGUGUUUUUCAUGCAUAUGGAAUGCUUCAAUGUACAGUACUGACAUCCACUGUAAUGUCAUCGGAAUAUUAAAAAAAUUUUGAUUGAU